AUGCAGCACCCACCGCUCCCCAAGCAUCCGUCUUGGACCCCACCCCCGGUGCAGCUCUACACCAGGCAAGACUACGACGGGGGAGACAUUGUCACGUCUCUGAGCCGGAACGAGCUUGGGGAAUACGUCUUUACCAUCGGCUUGCUCUCGCCCGACCCUUCAAGCCACCAGACCGCCCAUGGCCAUGUAUAUCUCCCCAGCCGGAGACGGAGAAGGUGCGGUCCCCUGGAUCGACACGACAACGCUCCCGGACAUGGUGACCAUAUGGAUCGCGCGCACCGCGUCCAGAAAUAUGCCCCUACAGCAGCGAAAAGAGGAGUAGUCACGGGCCGUCCACGUCUUCAGCCACAUGUCGGACGUCUACGCCGACAUAUGGUCCACGCUGCAGGGGCGCAGCUUAGCGACCCCGGAAUCAAAGAUACUGCCCGCGUUGACUCCACCUUCUACAUGGCGACGGGGGGUCCAGAGAAGCUCACGCCCGAGAUGCCGGGCUCCAACUGCGUCCUAGAGCGUCAGAUGCGCGCCGCGGACUGGUGCGACGCCGAUGCCAACUUGCUCGACCUCAAGCUGGGCUCCCUAGAGAAGUACUUUGCCAGCUUCCUCGACGCCACGCGCGCGGAGGAGCUGACGGGCGUGCUACUGGGGCCACCGUCGAAGGCUGAGGUUCCGUUGGUCGGUGCGGGCGACCCCCGGCUCGGGGAGGACAGACGUCUGUACGCCAGCCUCGAGCCUUCCACCAGAACGCGCUCCGUGGCCAUCUCCCACGUCUGUUCCGACGGGCUGGGCAAUAAUCUUGCCGGUGCCAUCCCGCUGUGCGAGUUUGAGCGCCCUCCAAGCUGGAGGGACCAGUUCGAAGGUCUUGGCGCGAGUGGGAGUAAGUGA